AUGAACUGGCAUAUGAUAGUCUCUGGGCUGAUCGUGGUGAUUCUGAAGGUCGUUGGGAUGACCUUCUUCCUCCUGUACUUUCCACAGAUUUUCAGCAAAAUUAACCCUGGCUUUGCCCCCACGGAGAGCUACGGAACAGUCCCACAGAGCUUUGGGACGAGUACUUCUGGCUUCGUCCCCACGGGGAGCUAUACACUAGACUGCCCCACAGGAUGGGUUCCACAUCAAGGAAGAUGUUUCCUCUUGGCAACCACCGAAAUGAGUUGGCAAGAAAGCAAGGACUAUUGUAAAGCACAAGAAUCCACCCUGGCAGUCGUCAACACUCCAGAGAAACUGAAGUUUCUCCAGAAUAUAACCAGUGCUGAGAAGUACUUUAUAGGCUUAACAUACCAGCCUACAGAGAACAGGUGGAAAUGGAUCAACAACUCUCCAUUCGAGGGCAAUGUCAUCAACCACAUUGAGAAUUUCAACUGUGCGACCAUUGGCCUGACACAGACCUUCGACUCUGCACUGUGUGAAACCAGUUACCGCUGGAUCUGUGAGAAGAAAGCCACAUGA